CUGUUACUCUCCAUCGCCUAGGGUUAGGGCUUUGAGCGGGCUUUGAGCCGGCUUUGAGCGCGCUUGGGCUAUGGGGUCGUCGUCGCGCGUGUGCGUCAAGAAUCUGCCCGCCUAUGUCACCGAUGACAAGCUCAAGGAGCAUUUCGGCGCCAAGGGACAGGUGACCGAUGCCAAGGUGAUGCGAACCAGAGAGGGCAAGUCUCGGAGGUUUGGAUUCGUGGGAUUCUACAGCCAGGAGGAAGCCGAAUCGGCUGUCGCCUACUUCAACAGGUCAUUCCUCGACACCUCCCGCCUGGUUUGCGAGGUGGCACGCUCCGUUGGAGACGCAGCUGUGCGGCCAUGGAGCCGUCACUCUAAAGGAAGCUCUGCGUACGAGAAGACGCAUGCUCCAGAGGAGAAGGCCCAGCUCAAGCCGAAGAAAACCGUCUCGGUGGACCGCGAUCAAGAGCAAGAUCCUGGGCUUGACGAGUUUCUCAGCGUGAUGCAACCGCGUACAAAGACGAAGGUCUGGGCGAACGACGACGCUAAACUUACAACUCAACACCCAAGCAGCAAGGCGAGCGACGAUACGGGACCAGUCUCCGACUUGCACUACCUCAAGAGCAAGGUCCGGCAGCAGUGGAGUGACGAUAGUGACGACGAGAAGGAAACGGAAGGAGAAGCCAAGCCGCAACAGCAAGCUGAUACUGGCGAUCGUCCCGGGAAUGAAGAAGCUGCUCAGGAUGUAGCGGAGACAGAUACUGGGAGGCUUUUCGUGCGGAACCUUGCGUACACCACGAGUGAAGAGGAACUGGUUUCCUUGUUCGGCCAGUACGGGGAAGUUGUCCAAGUUCAUGUGAUUUGUGACAAGGAGACGAACCGCUCGAAAGGCUACGGGUAUGUUGGCUUCAUGCUACCGGAAGAAGCAACGAGGGCGAUGACGGAGCUCGACAAUUCUAUCUUUCAAGGAAGACUUCUGCAUGUUCUACCUGCGAAGCAGCAAACUUCACAAGUCAAACACAAACUAGAUCGCCCCAUGAACCUGAAACAAGAGAGGGAGGUGGAGCGCAAGAAAAAGGAGUCGAGCGGCAAUACGCAAGCAUGGAAUCCUCUGUACAUGCGGCCAGAUACGGUGGCAGAAAACGUGGCCAGGCAAUAUGGGAUCUCCAGACGUGAAUUUCUGGAUCCAGAAGCCGAGGACGUUGCAGUACGUCUUGCUCUGGGAGAAACGCACGUCCUUUCGGAGACGAAGCGGUCAUUAGCUCAGCAAGGCGUAAAUGUGGAACUGUUGGAGAAGAUCAGCGCUAGUAAAACCUCUGGAGUAACUAGAAGCUCUCGCGUCAUCCUCGUCAAGAAUCUUCCCUUCAGCACAACGGAAGCGGACCUCUUCGGCGUGUUUUGCCCUUAUGGAAGUCUUGGACGGCUCGUGCUUCCACCGACGAAAACCGUUGCUAUCGUGGAGUUUCUGGAGUCCUCUGAGGCACGCAAAGCCUUCGAAUCUCUAGCAUACCGGAAAUUCAAGCACGUCCCAUUGUAUCUGGAAUGGGCACCACAAGAUCUUCUUUCCGAAAAGAAAGAUGGUGGCGUUGUACCCGCAAAGCUUGAGGGAACUUCGAUAAAGGACCAGCUUGUAGCAAAUGACGAAGGGGCCGCUUCAACGAGGUCAAGCACUGUAUUUGUGAAGAAUUUGAACUUCAAGACCACUGACGCGAGCCUAAGGAAGCACUUCGAAGGCCGAGUAAAAGCCGGUUCCUUGCGGACAGCAACGGUGAAAAGAAAGCCAUCCAAAACUGGAGCAUCCUUGUCAAUGGGUUUUGGCUUCGUGGAGUUCGACUCGACUGACACGGCCGAGCGCGUCUGCAAGGAAAUGCAGGGGUCUGUUCUUGACGGUCAUGCUCUCGUUUUGCAACCAAGUCGUGCUGGCGACGACGAGAAACCAAGCAAAGUCGAUGCAAGAGGAAGCUCUUCCAAGCUCAUCGUGCGGAACGUGGCAUUCGAGGCAACCCGGAAAGACUUGAAGCUGCUCUUCUCUCCUUUCGGACAGGUGAAGAAGGUGAAGCUGCCCAAGAAGUUCGAUGGCAACCAUCGCGGCUUUGCGUUUGUGGAGUUUGUGACAAAGCAAGAGGCCCAGAACGCGUUUGAGGCGCUUGGGAGCAGCCAUUUGUAUGGGCGGCAUUUGGUUCUCGAGUGGGCGCGCGAAGGAGAGACGCUCGACGAGUUGAGGAUCAAGGCAGCAUCACAAGUGGCGCCCUCCAAGCCCAACAAGAGAAGAAAGCUAUCCUAAAGAGUCGUGACCUAGGUAGAGUAGAAUACAGCAAGAGAGAGAGAUGGCUUCGUCGUCUUCGUCAUCGCCGCCAGGGACAGCGGCGACGGUGGUGGUGGUGGCGGCGGGAGGAGCGGCGGAUCCAGCAGUGGAACACCAUCAGCCAGCACCAUCACGGCGCCGCCUGGUCAAAGCUUCCUCGUACAGCUGAAUAGCGCCAAGCGCGAGCGCGAGGCGGCGUCCGCUACACCCCCUCUCCCUCUCAAGAGAAGCAACAGCAAAGGAAAUGAAGAGCAGCAGCACGCACCAAAGCAUGGAAGGCCGCCUCUCAAUCCUGCAGCGCCUCAAGACGCGCGGCCUCUUGGACGCCAAGCACAGGGGAUGCGACCCGCUGCUCCGGCUCUCGUAAAGCACGGGGACGAGCUGAGGAUCCAGCAGGCGAAGAGAGCGGCCUUGGUUCGUGCACAGUCGGUUGGAGCCACUGGAAGUUUCAAAAGCUUCGACUCGCCGUUUGGUAACUAUCUCCUUCCAGUCCUUCCUAAUCAAGCAUUGGCAGCCAAAACUGUGUCCCGAGGUAGUAGCAGCAUCGCAAGCUAGGUGAGCUAUGUAUGAUCAAAGACGAUUCAUUCCUUCUUGGUUCUCUUGCUCGUGCGCUUCACUUUUGGAGAGUUAGUCGUAGUUUUGGAUGUCAGCCUGGACAGAGGCUUGCUGGAAUCUACUACCGAGCAAAGUCAAUAAAAAACACGAUGAGAAAUGGUCUCACCUGUGAUGUCCGAUCC